AUGUCGAGGACAGCGAGAGACUAUCGCAAACCAGCGGACUCGUCUCGGUCAGCCUCAAAACUUUUCGAUGGGUUUCAAUCUCCAUCUUGGGACCCUGCUGUCUCUUCGCUUGAUGUUUCCGGCGAGCACUCAGGGUCUUCCAGCAAGAUGUACGUCUCUGUGCUUGGUCUUUUCUCCUCCCGAUCGACCUUUCACCUCAGGCUUGCGUUGCUGUACGAGGAGCGGGAGGAGAAGCGGCGGCUGCUGCACUUGAUGAGGUCAGCAGGAAGUGAAGGCGGUAGCCUGCAAAGAUCCGACUCGUCUCGCACCCAACGACAUCCCUUGUGGUCCAAGACCCCCCGGUCGAGCGCUCUCGAAGAUCCUCCCUCGACCCCGCAAGACUCAGUGAGGAAUGGCGACGCUGAGGGCGGAGGCUUCGGCUUCCCCAAUCGAAUCCUCUCUCUCUUUUCCACCUCCAAGAAUUCGGACAGCAUCAACCGCCAAGACCCAUCGACCGGUACCAACAUGGAGGACCUGGGCAAGAAGUACUUCAAGUUCAGGAACAAGAGUGACCAUGCCGACGACGAGCUUGAAGCAGCUUUGAGCCAAGUAGAAGUGCUUCAGCAGGUCCAGGCGAAACUUGAGAAAGCGCUAGAAGAGGAGCGACGCCAGUCGUUGAGGAAAGACUAUCAAAUCAACGACCUGAAACGUGAGAGGAAGCUGCUAGUGGACAAAUGCGUCAGCCUGGGAUCAGGAGCAGCAGACUCUCGCUCUGGCGACAGUCUUCUGACGCCUGCGAAGACCAACGUGAAUGAUCCUGGCAUGUUGCACUCGCAGCAAGUCCAACGAGAUAACCAAAACAAAUCAAUAGCCGACAAUUUUGAAUUGAGAAGACCGAAUAAGGAUCAGCUUGAUCUUGAGGCAGCGUUGAAGCAUAUUCAGGACUUAGAAGCAGCUCUGAGUCAAGAAAGGAAGGAGAAGGAUCAUGCCAUUGAGAGACAGAUUCAACUUCAGAAGAUUGUCUCGCAAAAUGUCUCCCUGAUCAAAGAAGAUACAAUCAAGGCUAAACAAGGAGCAAGAGAGCAAAGCAAUGCCAGCCCCAAACAAACCUCAACUCCCAGCUUUUCACUACAUUCCGCCCUUACCCAAGAGAAAUAUUUACAUGAAGAGCUAGGGAAAGCUAAAGAAGAAAUGAAAAAACUCAAUGAGGAGUUGCAGAAAAAAGAACUAAUGAAGAAUUGA